AAAAACAAAAGCUUCGCUAGUUUUUGCACCAUCGUCGAAACCUAAAAACCGGUCAAACAAUGUUCAAGCUCGCAUUCCUGGCGUUUGCUGUGGGAUCGAUCCUCUGCAUGAGUUCCAUUUCAGCGGAGCCGAACAAGCUGCAGGAAGCGAUGGAGAAACUGCCCCUUGCGAUGCAAGGGGUGACGAAACAGUUGGGAGGAUCCAUGGGACAAAUUGCAGAAAUGGGUAAAAAGUUGCUUGGAAAGUUCAGUAGAGGCCAACGUGAGCGUUCCAAACGGUCGGCAGAAACCAGCUACGUAAUAACCAGUGCGGACAAAUCGAACUACCAGAAGGUUGAGGUGAAGAACAAAGACGACAACGAUAAUUCCCUGCACCAGAACCAAGAAGCUGUUGUUUGUUUAGUGAAAGAAAAUGAAGUUUAUUGGCUGGAGAUGGUCACCUCAGCGUUGAUCUACGUCACGCAGGAGAUGAAGAAAGUUUUGAACGGAAAAGUGAUCAAACAGCAGAUGCCAAAGGACAUGUAUAAUCGCACCAAGUCGGCGCAUUAAGCAACAUGAGUUUUGAAAAAUACCAGAUGUAAAACUAAUAAAUGAUGCCAACAACAAUUGGUUUAAAAUAUGCUGGAAAGAUUUAACAGUUCGAGAAAUAAAUGUGAACCAUAUAA